AUGGCCGCGGUCAACGACGGUCCAGGGGAUCACCUAAAACUACACCAACUCAUCCACAGUGGAGUUAAAGCGUACAGCUGUGACGAGUGUGGCAGAGCUUUUACUCGCAGUAGCAGCUUACAGAGUCAUCUAGUUACCCACUCUGGAAUUAAGGCAUACAGCUGUGACGAGUGUGGGAAGGAUUUUGCUGUGAAGGCUAACCUAAAACAGCAUCAGGUCAUCCACACUGGAGAGAGACCGUUCAGCUGUGACUUGUGUGGAAAGUCUUUUUCCACGAAGGAUUACCUAAAAAAACACCAACUCAUCCACAGUGGAGUUAAAGCGUACAGCUGUGAUCAGUGUGGCAGAGCUUUUACUCACAGUAGCAGCUUAAAGAUUCAUUUACUUAUCCACUCUGGAAUUAAGGCAUACAGCUGUGAUCAGUGUGGAAAGUCUUUUUCCAGGAAGGAUCACCUAAAACAACACCAACUCAUCCACAGUGGAGUUAAAACAUACAGCUGUGACGAGUGUGGCAGAGCUUUUACUCGCAGUAGCCACUUACAGAGUCAUCUAGUUACCCACUCUGGAAUUAAGGCAUACAGCUGUGACUUGUGUGGAAAGUCUUUUUCCAGGAAGGAUCACCUAAAACAACACCAACUCAUCCACAGUGGAGUUAAAGCGUACAGCUGUGAUCAGUGUGGCAGAGCUUUUACUCACAGUAGCAGCUUAAAGAAUCAUUUACUUAUCCACUCUGGAAUUAAGGCAUACAGCUGUGACGAGUGUGGGAAGGAGUUUACUGAGAAGGCUAACCUAAAACUUCAUCAGGUCAUCCACACUGGAGAGAGACCGUUCAGCUGUGACUUGUGUGGAAAGUCUUUUUCCUUGAAGAGUUCCCUAAAAAAACACCAACUCAUCCACAGUGGAGUUAAAGCGUACAGCUGUGAUCAGUGUGGCAGAGCUUUUACUCACAGUAGCAGCUUAAAGAAUCAUUUACUUAUCCACUCUGGAAUUAAGGCAUACAGCUGUGACGAGUGUGGGAAGGAGUUUACUGAGAAGGCUAACCUAAAACUUCAUCAGGUCAUCCACACUGGAGAGAGACCGUUCAGCUGUGACUUGUGUGGAAAGUCUUUUUCCAGGAAGGGUUACCUAAAACAACACCAACUCAUCCACAGUGGAGUUAAAGCGUACAGCUGUGAUCAGUGUGGCAGAGCUUUUACUCACAGUAGCAGCUUACAGAGUCAUCUAGUUAACCACUCUGGAAUUAAGGCAUACAGCUGUGACGAGUGUGGGAAGGAGUUUGCUGUAAAGGCUAAACUAAAACAGCAUCAGGUCAUCCACACUGGAGAGAGACCGUUCAGCUGUGACUUGUGUGGAAAGUCUUUUUCCAGGAAGGAUUACCUAAAACAACACCAACUCAUCCACAGUGGAGUUAAAGCGUACAGCUGUGAUCAGUGUGGCAGAGCUUUUACUCACAGUGCCAGCUUACAGAGUCAUCUAGUUACCCACUCUGGAAUUAAGGCAUACAGCUGUGACGAGUGUGGGAAGGAGUUUGCUGUAAAAGCUAAACUAAAACAGCAUCAGGUCAUCCACACUGGAGAGAGACCGUUCAGCUGUGGCUUGUGUGGAAAGUCUUUUUCCAGGAAGUCUCACCUAAAACAACACCAACUCAUCCACAGUGGAGUUAAACCGUACAGCUGUGAUCAGUGUGGCAGAGCUUUUACUCACAGUAGCAGCUUAAAGAAUCAUUUACUUACCCACUCUGGAAUUAAGGCAUACAGCUGUGACGAGUGUGGGAAGGAGUUUACUGAGAAGGCUAAACUAAAACAGCAUCAGGUCAUCCACACUGGAGAGAGACCGUUCAGCUGUGACUUGUGUGGAAAGUCUUUUCCUUGAAGAUUUCCUAAAACAACACCAACUCAUCCACAGUGGAGUUAAAGCGUACAGCUGUGAUCAGUGUGGCAGAGCUUUUACUCAAAGGGGUCACUUACAGAGGCAUCUAGUUAUCCACUCUGGAAUUAAGGCAUACAGCUGUGACAUCUGUGGAAAAACUUUCAGCCAGAGAGGGCACCGAAAUACACACCUACGCAUUCACACCAGACAUGAUGUGUACUGCUGUGAACAAUGUAGCAAAGAGUUUACAACAGACGAAAAGUUACAACGACA